AUGUCGCAGCCGACCAUGAAAGGUGUUGUCGACACUGUUCAGGCAAUCCAAAAGACGUGGGAAUUCCAACGCCAAAAUGGUCGGUUGAACAAGGCAAAGAGAUUCUUCCAUAACUUCUGCGGCACACUCAACUCACAUAAGUUGAUGAUGACUGUGCUGCCUUCCGGAAACGAGUACGUCUCGAUCUUUACCGGGGCCUUGAACGUCAUCAUCCAUGUAAGUCCACUACCCAAGGCUUGCGCUGAAGUUCCGGGCUGA